UCACAGGGCCUAGAAAAGAAAGUUUGGUCAGUUUGAUACAACACUGAAGUCUUGUCCGUGUAAAAAGUGUAAUUUUCAGCUCUUAAAUCAUAGGCCCGGGGCGAAAUGAACCCGUUAAUCUCCACCGGAGAUGACCUACUGGAUGUGCCUAGUGGCGAUCCGGCUAAAUUUUGCCGCCUGUGCUUUUCGGAGCUUGAUGUUGAAGAGCUGUUCCCAGAUGGGCAGGGAAUUCGUCAGGAUGUGAUCGAAAGGAUCCACAAGUGCACCGGGAUUCAGAUAACCCUGGAGGAUGACUAUCCGUCGGCAGUGUGUUGGAUGUGUUUGAUGUCUUUGGAGCAGUUCCAGUGGUUCCGAGAACGGUGUUUGCGGUCCGAUGUGUUGAUACGUUGCAAACGUAAACAAAUGAUCGCUAAAAAGGUCGGCCCGGUGGUGGUCACGAAUCCAGAGUUUCCUAUGAUAGAGGAUGAUGAUGGGGAUUAUGAUGACGACGAUGAUGAUGAGCCCGAUGGACCGGUGUUGCGGAUUUCAUCUGUUCAAGAAAAUGUCCAACCAAUGGAUGAAGACAUUUCAAAGGUAAUACCGCAGUCGUAUGAACCACCGGCUGAGGAGCAAGACGUUAAGCCAAAUGCAGAAGCGCUGGCAGCUUUUGCCACACAUUUCAUGGCCGGUGGCGAUGGGUCGGACAACCUGGACGCGACGUCGACGUCGGAAGAUGCAGAGAGGCGGUUCAAGUGCAACCUGUGCAGCAGAAGCUUCAAGAACAAAGCAAACCUUUGGGAGCACAAUCGUUUGCACCAGGGCACUCUUCCGUUCCCGUGCGAAGACUGCGGAACGAUGUUCAGCCGGCUGAAAUCGCUGGAGGCUCACCGGAUAAAGUACCACUCGAAGGAUUCCACCGAGGAUCCUCCACUCCGCUUGCAGUGCCCAUUCUGUCCGCGGGUAUUUCCUCGGAAGGGUGAUCGCACACAGCACGUCAAGAUGGGUCAUCCGGAUUUGUACGUUCCGAGUAUGAUGGAUUCAUCGACACCGACGUUGUCGAGUGGAAGGAAUACGCCAGCGUCUGGCUUCGGAGCAGCUUCAUCUACCAUGCAAAGCAUGCCGGACAAGAAGACCAUUGUCACCAUCAAGCCACCUCCCCCUUCCAACACACCCACGCCGAGGAGGCGAGGGCUUUUGGCUUAUGCCGGACAGGAUGGUCCCAAUCUCAACUGUACGAUCUGUACAAAGAUUUUCCCGUCCGUUCGGGAGCUGGAGGAACAUGUCAGCAAGGAUCAUCCCAUUGGUUCGAUCAUGGCAUGUCCGUUUUGCCCCAAAACGUUCAAAUCCAGACAGACCAUCCGGAUGCAUAUACUCAAUCAUCAGGGCAAGCUGCCAUUCAAGUGCGACGAUUGUGAUGCACGAUUUGAUCGCAAAUUCUACCUGCAAAAGCAUCGCGAGCGCUACCACCAGGGUGACGAUGCGGAUAAGACGCUGAAGUGUCGCUUCCGGUGCAAGUUUUGUCCAAGAAUUUUUCUGCGCAAAAUUGACCGCAAAACGCAUACCAGACUCGUACAUCAGGCAGAGAUCAAAGUAAAAAAGGAGAAGCUUGACCCGGAAAUUGACAGUAAUGAAGUACUGCAGGCGCAGGAAUCGAACAGUUCAACUCCGAGUAGUCUGCAGCAAACCGAGCUGAGUUUCGGUUGUCUCCAGUGUGGAAUGCAGUUUCGAUCAGCGGAAAAGCUCCGUAGCCAUACCGCCUUGCAUCAUCAGAAAAAAGACGUCAAACCCCUGGUGGCAACCAAGAGCCAGAAUCCGAGACCAACCCGACUGGGGGUGAACGUUCGUCGGCCGUUCAAGUGCCAGUACUGUCCGAAAACCUUUGCUCAGAAAUAUGUCAUGAAGGAGCACACGUUCAUUCACACUGGAUCGUUGCGCUACCCAUGUGACAUCUGCAUGGCCAUGUUCAAUCGUCCGCAUUACUUGCGGGCUCACAAAUCAAAGUAUCAUAGCGAAAAUUCAACCUUCGAAGCAAUCAAGUGUCGUUUCUGCACUCGGACCUUCGUGCGGAAGCAGGACAUCAAAAUCCACGAACGGGUCGCGCAUAAUGUGUCCGAUUAUGACGAUGCAAACGUUCAGCGGGAAAUUUUUCAGACAUCACAAAACGGAUCGUUAGAGGAGGCCGCCGAUGGUGACGGUGGAGUAGAGGGUGAAGAAAAAACCACGAAUCAAUCGGGGAAAACGAGUGUGGUGCCGUACACGAUCGACGAGGAAGUGGACGAUUUCGAUGGCGAUGAUGACGAUGACUACAUUGGCGAGGAAAACGUGGAAGAAGAGACUAAUGAUGACAUUCCGGAAAAUCCGGAGAUCCGUGACGUAGUUGUGACGUUGGAGCGCAUCCCUGACGCAGUAUUGGAAACGCUGGAAACUUCCUACGAUGAUUAUGAAGGGGAAGAGGAAACGGACGACGAAAAGCAAGACAAUGAACCCAACGGCGAUGCAGAAUCUGGCAGUAAUCGCACUGACACCCCUCGGCUCAACAUGAGCAUAACCCUGCACCGAUGUCCAAAGUGUCAAAAAGUAUUCAAAACCCUCAAAUCGCUCAAGCAUCACAUGAUAUACCAUCAAAGUCAGUUGCCAUUCGCGUGCGACGAGUGUGGAGUUCAGUUUGCCCGCAAUCGGCCGCUUCAAAUUCACAAAGAACGCUACCACUCGGAAGAUGCUCCCUACCAAGGACAGCGCUUCAGCUGCGACUACUGUCCGCGAAUCUUCCUACGCGAUCGCGACAAAGUGUUUCAUCAGAAGAUUGUUCAUUCGAUGGAACGCAGCUACCACAACCGGGACGAUGGUACCCCCGAACUAAAGAAAUCUAAGAUUAAAAAGCGCAAAGACUAUGUAUGUCUAACAUGUUGCGAACGGUUUGAGUCGGAAAAGGCCUGCCAGCGGCACAUCAACCUGGAACAUCCCGACGAAACGAUCGACAAAAUGGCUUGCGAUUCUGUUAUUCCUGCGUUGUUGGUCACACCCAAGCUGGAACCGGAUAGACAUUCUCCGGGAAACCCCGAAGACAAAGUCAACAUUCCAGACUCUGAGCAGCCUCCGCCACCUCCUGCGCCAUCCACCAGCAGGCCAUACAAACUGUGCCGCUGUACCAUUUGUGUGUCAACGUUUAAAAAUCGGGAUAAUUGGGAUGAUCAUCUGGCGAACCACCCGAACGUACGCCCGCAUCACUGCGAGACGUGUCUAAUCAAACGCAAGAGCCGCUCGAACCGCAAGAUCACGUCCGUCGGGUUCAAGUGUCAACACUGCCCCAAGGUAUUCACCAAGGCCAACACCCUGCGAACGCAUUCCCGUUUGCAUACCUCAGAGCUGCGGUUCCCCUGCGACGAGUGCGGCAUGAUGUACGACCGCUAUCGGUUGCUGCAGGCCCACAAAGAUAAAUACCACUCGGAGGACUCGUACAUGCAUCCACCGCUGGAGACGUUCCGCUGUAUGUAUUGCCCGCGGACGUUCAUGAGGCAGCGCGAUUGCAACUUCCACCAGGAGUCGGUGCACGCGGUCUAACGGAAUUGGAAUUAGGUAUUUUCAAAACACUGUCAAAGCAUACACACUUCUAUAAUAGGGGUGAUUGGGGGGAAAUAAUCGAUUUGGUUUGGUUCGAUUCUGGGCCGGAUAGUGGCUGGAAGUGCCGGCACAAUGCGGCGUAAAUGUGUUGUUUUUUUUACAAAACUGUGAUGAUUAUGGCGGCAAAUCAAUAGCGUUUGAUUUGAAGACGAAUUUUUAUUUUACAUUGUUUGUCAAGUGGCAUUUUUUUGUGUAAUUCAAAGAUGUGAAGGGAUUUUUUUUCGUUCUAUUAUGGAUGAAUGAGAUUACCGGUAGAAAGUAAUUUUUAUUUAGUUGCGGCGGUUUAGUCUUUCUCGUAUUUUCAAGGUGCUUCCAGAAGGAAGGCAUAUGCUGUAGGCCAGCUCGAUGCAUUGAGGUGAUUAAGGUCUGUUUGUUUAUGUGUGUGAGAGAAAAAAACACCUUUUGUUACUUACAAUUUUUAUUCAACGGGGAAAAUUGUUUCAUUGUUUUCCUUUGAAAUAGUAUCAGAUCGGCUAUUAUUUUCCGGAGUUUAGGGCAAAAUACACGACGAAAACGGAAUUAUGUAAAAAAGUGAAGGCGCCGUUGUGUGUCCUCACUUUUUAUUUUUUCUAUGUAAAUCAAAAAUAAAAUUAAAAUUGAUUUAGAUAUGCAAAACUCGUCA